CCACGUGUCACGAAAUUAACCCAAGGGCUUGUCCUGAUUCAAUUGCCCUCGUGGCUGAUACAUAAUCCUGAAACUAUGCGCUCUCGGCCACAAUUUAGAUUUGCAACUCCCUCACCUGAGCUGACGCCAAUUUGGCACUAAUUUGGGGAGUGGGAACCUGGAGGAAAUUUUAUUUGAAAAUGGUGGCAGGCAUCAAUUUGACCUCGCCGAAGUCCACUUUAUUGCCAAAUCAUUCGUCUUUAGGAGAAUCAAACGCUACUACUGCUUUCCUUGGUGGGUCACCUUUAAAUGGUUUAUCUUUUCAAUUAAAACCCAAAGUAAUCAAGAAUGUCAAUUUGAUAGUUGCUUCCGGAAAAGCCAUCGGCAGCAGCAGCAGCACGAGUGGUAGCAGUGGCGGAAGGUUCUACUUCAAUAUCACUGGGUUUCCUUUCCCUCUUGGUCCUUUCCUGAACAGGCGGACAAUCAGAACUGAGGCCGUAAAAGACUCCAUAUGGCUAUUCGAACAAGAGCAAGCACUGGGUUUCAGCAGCGUCUCGACAAACAUCAGGAUGACUGUGAUCAAACUUAAGUCUGGCGGGUUGUGGGUUCAUGCACCAAUUGCUCCAACCAAGGAAUGCAUCGAGCUUGUGAAAGAGUUAGGAGCUCCAGUGGAAUAUAUUGUUCUGCCUACAUUUGCAUACGAGCAUAAAAUAUUUGUCGGUCCAUUUUCCAGAAAAUUCCCUCGGGCUCAGGUUUGGGUGGCACCAAGGCAGUGGAGUUGGCCUUUGAACUUGCCACUUGAAUUCUUCGGAAUUUUUCGAGCCAAAACAUUGAAAGAUGACGACACAUCAACACCAUGGGCUGAUGAAAUUGAACAGAAAGUUCUCAGCUGUCCUGAAGUUGGAAUUGGACCAUACGUGGAGGUGGCAUUCUAUCACAAACGUUCAAGGACACUACUAGUAACAGAUGCUGUAAUAUUUGUCCCCAGGCAACCUCCAGAGUGUAUUAGCAAAGAGUCCUUGUUAGCGUCUGCGAAAAAUGGUCUGGCUGUUAAAGUCCUUAGCAAGGGAAAGGAAGUACCUAAUGAACCAGUAGUUGAUGACAACAAGAACCGACAAAAAGGAUGGGAAAGAAUGGUUCUCCAAAUUUUGUUUCUUGGUCCUUCUAACCUUUUGGAGCCCAAUGCUAGCUUUGCACAAAUGUCACAAAAGUUGAUUGUUUCGCCCAUUGUGAAGACAUUAGUCUUCAGUAAGGUUCCUGAAAAGGUCAGAGAUUGGAUUGAUAGCAUAGUCCGUGAUUGGAGGUUCAAGAGAAUAAUCCCUGCUCACUUCGCUGCUCCAAUAAAUGCAAGCAGGUCAGAUUUCUUGGCGGCAUUUGCGUUUUUGGAUGACCUAUUGGGCGAGCAGUAUGUUACUCGACCUUCUCUCUCCCUUCUAUUCACAUCACUCCUGGGAAAGGCUGCAAGUUACUUUCCUCCUGAUGACAUGAGGACUUUGUCUUCCCUGGAUGAGUUCCUAGUCUCAGUGGGAGUGGUGAAGAAGACAGUCUCUGGUCGGAAAAGAAGAUGAAAGCAUGAAGCCCAAGGUUUCUGGUAAAUUUUAUAGGUUAUGUACUUCUAGGCGGGAUUAAAGAGCCCAUCUACAGGAUAAAUGCUUUAGUACUCUUUCUUUUAACUUUACGAAAAGCAAGUCAAAUAUAUAGCGGAUUUUGAGUGCAAGUACUGGAUAUUGGGAGUAUACGUGAAUAAAUUUAUCAAGAAAGUUGAUUGUUCUGCUAA